UUUUAUUGUUGGAUCGAAGACUGAUUAUAUUUUUGUUAUCAUGUGUAGGGGACUUCUUGUUAUUAUGCAUGGCCUAAAUGAACACAGUGGCAGAUACAGCAAUUUUGCUAAGCAGCUCAAUGGAUAUGGCAUCAAGGUUUAUGCAAUGGAUUGGAUUGGACACGGUGGAAGUGAUGGACUGCACGCGUACGUUCAUUCCCUCGAUGAUGCUGUGACUGACAUGAAAAUGUUUCUCAGGAAGGUUUUUACUGAAAAUCCAAGACUCUCUUGUUUUUGCUUUGGACAUUCGACUGGCGGUGCCAUAGUUUUGAAGGCAGUACUUGAUCCGAAGGUGAGUGAAUGUGUAUCAGGCGUCAUACUAACUUCACCUGCAGUAGGAGUUCAACCAUCCCAUCCAAUUUUUGCACUGCUUGCCCCGGUGUUUUCCUUCUUGUUACCGAGAUUUCAGUUCAGCGCGGCAAACAAGCAGGGUAUUGCAGUUUCUCGAGAUCCUGAGGCACUUAUAGCCAAGUAUUCGGAUCCUCUAGUAUUCACAGGAUCUAUCAGGAUAAGAACUGGAUAUGAAAUUCUACGAAUCACUUCCUACUUGCAAAAGAAUUUAAGCUGGAUAAGAGUACCAUUCUUCGUGCUACAUGGAACUGCUGAUUCUGUAACCGACCCCAAAGCCUCUGAAAAACUCUAUGACGAGGCCUCUUCAAGUGACAAAACGAUCAAGCUCUAUGAAGGGUGCUUACAUGAUCUGCUAUUUGAACCUGAAAGAGAAGAAAUCAAGGAUAGCAUCAUUUCUUGGUUGAACAAUAGAUUGUGAAGUAAUUGGACAGUCGAGCAUGCGAUGAAGAAAAAAAAAAUCAUCUAUUCCAGCAGGUUUAGGUGAUUUUGAUUGCUAGAAUUUUAUUGACUUGCUACUGGGAGGCUUCUAUAAAAUAAAUUGAGCUUGGAAUUUGUCUUGGUAAAUAAGGUUGUUCACAUUAAAUUCAAGACUGAAACGCUCUGCUAGUAUGAUCAAAUCAGUUAUGUAUGUUUUUCUGAUAUUCUUGCAUUCACAAGGCUUCUCAGUUAUUAGAGAUCAAGAAAGCUUGUUAUGAAAAAUCUCUUGCUUUCAAGUCUAAACUUGAAUAAGUUUUUUUCAUUGUUCAACAAGGCUCAAGUCAUUGUAUUAUCUUGGAAACUUGAAAUUUAAAGUUCUAAACAACAUAGAACUCUUCAAAGUA